AUGGAGGCCCGCGUCGCCCGGGCCAUGGAGCAGGCCCAAGGACCGCGGAUAAGCCUGACGGAUGUGGAAGUGGCGGCGCAGAUACGGCGCGAGGCUGCGCGCAAGAAGGAGCGGGCCAAGGAGCUCGGCGUCAUGAGCUACAUGUUGCCUGUGGCGCCGGCCACGAACGUCAACAAAGGCUUCCUCCUCAACACGAUCCGAGGCGUGGACUCGCACAACAAGCGCCAAGAGAUCGACCAAUGCUGGCGGAAGCGCGACCUCGAAGCUAAAGUACACCGGCGCCGGUCUCGGUCCCGAGAGCGACGCCACCGAAGACGCAGCGCCAGUCCUGAUCGCCGCCAUCGACCACGCAGCGCAAGUCCCGACCGACGACGCCGCAGUCCGUCGCCGACGCGGGCGCAGGACGAGCGAUCGUACUGGGCCGAGCGCAAGGCCGCGCGGACCGCAGAGCUCCUCGCACAGCUCGACGGCCGCAGCUGCAUGCUCGAGAACGCUCCGAAUUACGACGAGGGCUCGUCGUCGUCCGAGAGCGACGAGGCGAGUGCGAAAGCCGCCAGAAAGGCUGCGAAAAAGGCCGCAAAACGGGCCAAGCGCGCCAAGAAGAAGGCCAAGAAGGCCAAGCAUGCCUAG